CACAACCCAAUUCCAUAAUUUUGUGGAAAGAUUAUACUUCGUGUUUUGUAAUUGAAUUCCUAUUUGAUUGUUAUCCAAUUUCACUGUAGCAAUCAAAACUAAUCCAUAGCAAGAUAAUCUGCCCUAAUUUCCCCAUCUUCUCCGAUUGUUUUCGUUGAUUCUCUGACUUGUUUUAGGAACCCAUCAACAAAAUCAACACUAAAUCAUCAAUUUUUUUGUGUGAUGGCUUCAAGAGGAGUAAUGAACAUGGGUGCAUUAGCAUCAAGAGCAAAUAGAAUGAGGACGAAGCUGCAAUCAACACUGGAAGCAAGUGUUCUUGAAAUUGAAGAUGUUUCACAUCAACAUUCUGGUCAUGCUGCCAUGAGAGAGAGUGAGUAUAGCGGUGGAGAAACCCAUUUCAAUUUGAAGAUUGUUUCCCCUAAAUUCGAGGGUCAAACCCUAGUUAAACGACAUCGUAUGGUGUAUGAUCUCUUAUCUGAUGAGCUUCAGUCUGGUCUUCAUGCUCUCUCUAUUAAUGCUAAAACCCCACAAGAAGUUGCUCCUAAAUAAUCGAUUUUGAUUGCAAUGUUAGUAUGUUCAUCUCUAUCUCUUG